AUGUUCUCUUUCAAAUCUAUCGCCCUGAUCGCUGCGGCUUUUGCCAUUGGAGCGGAAUGCAGUGAAGUGGCGGUGCCCGCGGUGGCGGCGGCUCCGUUGACGGUCCCAGCUCAUGUGGGAUAUUCCCACGCUGUCCCGCAGAACAUCCCUCCGUUUGCUGCCCAAUACAGCGUAGUGAACAGGGCUAUCGCUGCUCCUUACGCCGCGCCGCUAGCCGCUCCUUUUGCUGCUCCACUGGCGGCCCCGGUAGCUGCUCCUCUGGCGGCCCCAGUGGCGGCUCCUCUGGCGGCGCCUGUAGCUGCGCCUCUAGCUGCCCCGAUUGCAGCCCGUUAUGCUGCUCCCUUCGCUGCCGCUCCCUACUACGCUGGACCAGGAGCAGUUGUUCCCGCAGCCGCCCCCUACGCUGUCCCCGGCCCCGCGUUUGCCGCCCCCGCUGCGUACGCCGCCGCCCCAUAUGCCUAUGGUGCCACACCGUUCCUCCGCACUCCCUUCGGCGUUGCCCCAGCGUUCGUCCGAUAG